AUGGAUAACACAUUCGAUAAGACAGCCUCGGAAACUAUUGAUCUAUUAGAAGCCCGACUACGGAGGAUAGAAUAUGCUGUGUGUGGUCAUAUUGACACUACAUCUGUCACAAGCUCCGAUGUAUCUAUAUCUGCGUAUGAACGACUUGCAGAUUUAGAACAUAUUCUACAUGGACUUGCUUCGAAAUCAAGGGUCAUUCAGGAUUUAUUGCAGUUACAUGCCAAAUACCCCGACCUCUUUCAAUCCAUUGACCCCGAUAUACUACCUACCACUCUCGAUACGUCCAGUAUUUUAUCUAUCGUAUUAGCAUCCGCCAGCGCAUAUCCAUCUACUGCUUCUCGAUUGACAUCUAUUCUUGACAUGCCAAUCCCAUCAGCAGAAUCGUCUGCUCAACUCAUCGAGUUACAACCUCGAAUCGCGAAAAUCGAAGCUCUCCAGAUGGCACAAAAUGCGGAGUUAUCAGCGUUGAGGCAAAGAACCGCAGCGGUAAUUCAACGUUGGUAUACUGUUGACAUAUUGCGCACCGGUGAAAGUUGGGCAGAGUUGGAAGAGAGAGUGCAACAUGUAGAGCAAAAAGUUCGAAGAGCCACAACGUUGAAACAAUUGGAUGAUGGCAUAGCUCAGGAGUGA